GGGAGUAUAUGGUCGAUGAACAAACUUCGAUUUAUUGGCAUCAUCAGGCGUCCGCCGUUUGAUAUGUCGUCAAGUGCGCCAGUGACGGUGUUGGUUUACGGCUGCGCGUAAACCCGAUAACACCACAUCCUUGAUGAGAAGGACCGAGGGCGCGUUGAAACUCUGCGGGCUGCAAGGAAAUCUUAUGCACAUGAAAAUAAACAUAAUUAGGACCGAGGUAGUAUUUCUCUUUAGCUCAGUAUAUUGGAAUGAAACGGAUUCACUCAAAGAAGCUGAGCCCCAACACUCCAGCUGCAGCUCUUUCCUCCUGUGUCUCUGCGUUAUUGAUUCCCAGAGGCGUCGGCUGCUGCUGCUGCUCUUCGCCAAUGGGCUCCUGAGACACUGUUUUCAAAAGGAUGGGAGCAGAUGAAGGGACGAGAUGCAUGUAACUUUUGGAUGACCCCUUCCUCACAAAGACAGUGUCCAUCAAUUGUCCCCAGUCAUUAUUCGCUGCUUUUAUGCCAAGGGGCUUUUUGUAUCUUUUGUUGGUUUCUCUGUUGAACACCGUGACGUCAAGUUGGACUUUAAACUCGGUCGUUUUAUCUCGGAGUGCUUAUAACAACUUUAUCCAAACAUAAACUUUACUUUCGAUUUACAUUCACGAUUUAAAAGUUCAAUACAAACAACGCGCCUGGUUUUAUCCGCUUUCCGCCUUUUCAGCGCGACUUUGUAUUUUUUCAAACGCGCGCACUCGUGUUUUCAGCUCAAUAUUUGUUUGUUUUUUUUCCACCAGGUGGUCGUUUUGCUGUGUCUUUGGAUAAAAUUGCUCUUAGUUGUAUGUUUACCCGUUUUUUGGACCAGCAUCACCUCUAUUGGCCGAUCUGGUCACAUGGUUCGCUAACUUUAUUCAGUUGACACAAAGUAGGAGGGCUUUAUGGAGGGAGGAAAAAAAGACAACUCGAGAAAAAUUAGUAUUUUCUACCUUCAGAAAUUAAUGGCCAUGAGUUCGUAUAUGGUGAACUCUAAGUAUGUGGAUCCCAAAUUUCCUCCCUGCGAGGAAUAUUCGCAAAAUAACUAUAUACCUGAGCAGGGCUCGGACUACUACAGUCCAUCGCAGGACACAGACUUUCAGCAUCCAGGGAUCUACCCACGGUCAAACUACACGGAGCAGCCCUUCGGCUGCAACACUGUGCAGGACUCCACAGUGCAGCCACGGGGUCAUGUGCACGAACGAUCCAGCCACGCGAGCCCUUUUAGCGCAGUGACUGAGCAGGGGCCCCCGGUCCAAGUGGCCGGACCCCGGACUUGUGGACAGCAGCAAAACACAAAGAGCCAAAAUGGGAUUCAAGCCAAGCAGCCUGCAGUAGUUUACCCCUGGAUGAAGAAAGUCCAUGUAACUACCGUGAACCCUGAUUACACAGGAUCCGAGCCCAAGCGGUCCAGAACAGCUUACACCCGGCAGCAGGUUCUGGAGCUUGAAAAGGAGUUUCAUUUUAACAGGUACCUGACCAGGCGGCGGCGGAUUGAGAUUGCACACACUCUUUGUCUGUCCGAAAGGCAGAUCAAAAUCUGGUUUCAAAAUAGACGGAUGAAAUGGAAGAAAGACCACAAACUACCCAACACCAAGGGCAGAUCUGCACCAGCCUCCAGCCAUCUGCAAAGCAUUCAGAAGGAUAACCAGACUGAUAUCACAGCAUUGUAAGCCGGGAAUGAUCAUAGCUUCCAAAAUUGCCUGUACAUACGAAAAGACAAAGGUUGCAUCUGACUGUUGCAUGGACUGAUGUCGUUUUUAGAUUUUUUUUUUUAUUUAACUAAAAUUACCCCAGCAGUGUUGACUCCACAUUGAGUCCUUUUAUCUGAGAUGGUUGGAAAGUUGAGCCUUUUCUUUGUUUAAUUUCCUCAAAAAGACACAAAAAAGCAAAAACAAACUUCUCCCCAUCGCUCCCUCUCUUUUUUUUGGCCCCUUUUUUUCAACCCUGAGGACAUUUAAUGAACAACCUCGGCUGAAUUCAUGGAUUUAAACAAAGUGCCACUGCUCUUCUCACGUGGAUUCACUCUGCUUUAAAGCUUUAGAAUGUCUUUAUUCAGAACACAGAAGCCCCCUCGUUCAAAAUUACGCACACGCACAAAUUAUUUUAGGCUUUCACUUAUUGAAAUUUACUAUAAAACGCACAAAUGUGUAUUAAAUACUUGAAACAAGGGUAAUUUGUACGGAGCUCGCCAAACAUACUUUCGUAAAUUGUAAAAUCCCGCAGAUUUAUUUUUCAGUUCCACGUUUCGUUGUGACUUGUAUGUUUUUAACUUAUUUUGUACAAUAAAGCUUUGAAAUCGUCUUAGCCUAAAUAUUAUUCCCAAAAGCAAGACAUUCCUGUGUGCACACUAUUCCGAGUGCCAUUAUAAAUCUCUCCUGACAUCUUUGUAAACAGUGUACAUUUUCAGAGGCUCUCUCGUGCCAUUUGAAACUCUUCUAUGAACGAUCAGUUGUUCCUGCAUGGCAUCAAAUUGAUACUGGAUGUUUCUAAUCGGAAAUAAUCAAAUCCGGAAUAUUUAGGAAUAUAGAUGUUUACUUUUCUUCGUUUUUUUGAUAUUAUUUAUUUGCUUAAAACGUGUAAAUUUUCCGUAUAGCACACAUACAGUUUUAAUUAUUCGUUAAGCUUUUAUAUUCUAAAGAUAUUUUUUCAACGAUUGUGCGUCAUUCGCAUGGCUUUAAGCGAUGUUUAAGGCUUAUUGUGGGAAUCUCAUCGUUUUUUUUUUUUCCAUUUUAAACCGAGGAGGGCUUUCACGUCACGUUUCAAGACAGAUAUUUCUUGUUUUAUACCGUCAUUGUCUUCAGACAAAAAGCCCAGAAGCUCUCCCAGUACGUGGAGGUUUUCUCUCCGAAGCCUCCACGAUGAAAAGGUAUUUUCAGCCGAAGGUCGACAAAGCAGCAGUGGCAGGUUCAUCCAGGGGACACAUUUCAGCCGCAAGGACUGACCCCAACACCCCUGACCCGCCGGACAGGCAGCUUUUUCUCUCCCAGGCGCUCUUCGCUUUAGUUUUAGUUUGGGGAGCUUUUUUCCACACAAAGCGUUCAAAGUAAGACUCUGUGCUUGAAUGUCAGCCUUCUACGCGUUUUUAUCAGUAUUUAUGCCAGACGCAGCCCCCAAAUGCUUCCGAGUUGUGUAUUUGCCUCAUGUCAAUAUGCAAUUUUUUGGUUUUAUUUUUGUACAUGAUUUCUACCUUGUAUUGUGCAUUGAGAUGUGAGAAGUAUAUUGGAAAAAUAAAGAUUUCUACUGAUUAUGCAUUUAAAUGACAAA